CACGCGACGCCCCUUCCUCGGCCAAUAGAAGGGAGGCUCGCCCUGUGGGCGGAACAGGAAGUGGUUCUUUGGUCGGCGAGAAGGGAUGGCGGCCCUGGAGCGGGUGAAGGUUCUGGUGCUGGGCGACUCCGGUGUGGGGAAGUCUUCACUUGUUCACUUACUGUGUCACAAUCAAAUGUUGGGAAAUCCCUCUUGGACUGUGGGUUGCUCCGUUGAUGUUCGAAUUCAUGACUACAAGGAAGGAACUCCAGAAGAGAAAAUGUAUUACAUUGAAUUAUGGGAUGUUGGGGGCUCAGUGGGCAGUGCCAGCAGCGUGAAAAGCACACGUGUUAUGUUCUACAACUCAGUUAAUGGAAUCAUUUUAGUACAUGACCUAACCAACAAGAAGUCCUCCCAGAACUUGUAUAGAUGGUCUUUGGAAGUUCUCAACCGGGAUGCGGCUCCAUCUGGGGUCUUAGUGACAAAUGGGGACUAUGAUCGUGAACAAUUUGCUGAUAACCAGAUUCCAUUGCUUGUCAUUGGGACCAAACUGGACCAGAUCCCAGAGAUGAAACGCAGUGAUGUCUUGACCAGAACUGCUUUUCUUGCAGAAGAUUUUGGUGCAGAAGAAAUUAAUCUUGACUGCACCAGUCCUCGCUACCUUGCUGCUGGCUCCUCCAAUGCUGUCAAGCUGAGUAGAUUCUUCGAUAAGGUCAUAGAGAAGAGAUACUACUUAAGGGAUGGUAAUCAGGCUCCCGGCUUCUCAGAGAGAAAGAGGGUUUGCAGUGGCUUUGUCAAAAAUCUCCACUAUGAGUGAACAUUUGUCAUCGAAAAGCAAAUGGGAAAUUAUCUACAUUUAUUGCAGUGUUCAUAUUCUGCUGAUCAGGAUAAACCAACAAGGGCACUUCAAAUACAGAGGAGUACAUCUUCCUAAGUUUCUUUGGAAAGACUUUUUGGAAACUGCAGAAUGGUUUAAUCAUGUUUUGAAUAUCACUUUGGGGAUGCACUGUCUCAUAUCAACAGUUUUUCCCCCCCAUACAUUUUAAAGAUCUGUAAACACAUAACAUGGCCCCUCACAGAACAGUGAUGCUGAAGGGACCUCUAAAAAUAAUUUAGAAUUCAAGAUACAGAGUUAAUUCAAAUAAUAGAAUUUCAGUUUGCCAAACAUUCCAGCUGGUACUGUGUCAUUGUUUGCAAUCUAACCUCUGCUUGUAAAUAUUUAUGAAGAAGAAAGAAUGGGGGGAUUGUAAAUAAAUGCCACUUGUGGUUACACUGAAUCCUAUUCAGUCAGUUGGACACUUUUGUAACCAAGGCAACACAAGAGAGGGGGACUGAUGGGUCGGCAGUGAAGGAGAGUAAUCUUAAUGGACCCACCCCCUGAUCCCCAAAAUACAGGCCAAGAUGAACAGUACAAGCUUAAUGACCACCACAUUCUGGUUACUGAAUGGAGGAAAUGAAUGGAGUAAUGUGAAAAGAGCGGAAAAGGAAGAAGCAUUUAGCUGUUGAAGCCAAGAGAACCACUUCAAUUUGCAUAACUCAUAUCAUAGUUCCAAAUGAAAAGUUUAUUAUUAAAUGUUCAGAGAAAGCUGUUCAUAAAAAUCUCUUGAAAGCUGUGCAUUGUAAUUGUAACAUUUUAAUGAGAUUAGAAGUGGGCAUCAGUGACUCCCUCAUUGCCAGACACCCUCCAGUGCUAGCAACAGGGCUGCUCUUUCUAAUUUUUAGUUUUUGUUUCUAAUUUGUUUUUUGUCUAAUUUGGUUUUUGUCUAAUUUGGUUUUAUUAAGCAAACCUGCUAGUAAAAAUCUCAGAGCAAACUUCCCCAUAAUGCAAACUGAAUGGUUUUAACCAAUCCUGCUUUUCGCAAGUGCAAAGUUGUAGAUUGUGCUGAAGUUGAAAGAGUAGUGCUAUCGGUUGUUUUUAUUCCUUUGUUGGAAGUUGAACUAAGAAAAUACUACAGGUAUGGCGCAGUGGGUUAAACCCUUGUGCCGCUGAACUGCAGACCUGAUGGUUGGCAGUUUGAAUCUGCGAGAUGGGGUUGAGGUCCUGUCUGUCAGGCCAGCUCCUGCCAACCUAGCAGUUUGAAAACAUUCAAACGUGAGUAGAUAAAUAGGUACCACUUCGGCAAGAAAAAGGAGACGCUCCAAGCAAUCUUGCCGGCCACAUGACCAGGAGGUGACAACACAGGCUUCUCGGCUUGAAAAUGGAGAGAAAAAGCACUUCCCCGGAGCCAGAGAUGAGCACCACCCCCAGAAGCCAAAAAUUAAAGGAGAAGUCUUUCCCUUGUUUGUAUUUGACUGUAAAUGCAUUGAAUGUUUGCCUAUGUAAAUGCUGUAAUCUGCUCUGAGUCCCCUAGGGGAGAAGGGUGCAAUAUAAAUAAAGAUUAUUAUUAUUAUUA